AUGACCUCCAUCAUUGAAGGAGCGACCCCCGCGCCAAAGCAGAUCCGCUUCGUCCACAACCAAGGUCAACCACCAUCCAAGAGACGCAGAAUCAACGCCGCCUGCCUGACCUGUCGCAAGCGAAAGACGAGAUGCGCCGGCGAGCGCCCCAUCUGCUCGACCUGCUCCAAAAACGGCCAUACAUGCUUGGGCUACAACGAAGCGAUUGAGAAGAAAUCUUCAGGUGCCGCCACCGCCACCCGGGACCCCCUACAUGACGGCGACGACGACGACGAUGAGGACGACGAAGAAGCCCAGCCUCGCCAAGAGGAAAACCGUCACGAUGAGAGGCGGCAGCAGAAGGAAAAGGAGAAGGGCCUGCGAUCCCCCGUUGUCCAAGCAAGGGGCGGUGAUGCUCGAACGACAAAAUCUGGUACCCCUCCUGGUCGCCCGCCUACAUUCCUGCGACGGUCCUCGGACUAUAGCUCUCGUGAACAAGAUCAAACCUCACAUCACCGCCGCACCUCCCGCCCGCGCACGACGUCUUUCUCCGACGAUGCUCAUAGCGCGCAUGGCCGUUCCCCUGUCUUGCAUCAUACCGAGCGCCAUAGGGUGCCCUACUUCCGCUACUUCGGGCCAACAGCCAUCGUGCCUGGCUACAAGCAGAUGGUCGUCUCCGUCCGGGAUAGAAGGCGGAGCACAGGAGGCUCCGCCAGUGCUACAUCGCCGAGUUCCGGUUCCAGUGUGAUUCAACCCAUGGGAAUAGCCCUGUCAGGCAUGCUUCCCCACGACGAGGAAGUCGCCGCGGACGAAGACCUGCCCGUAUACGACCCUACUGAUGCUGCGCCGGUGCACCCCUUGAUUCUACACUUGGUGAAGACCUUUUUCCUGCAUUUGGGCUGCAACUAUCCCUUUUUGAAAGAAGAAAGAUUCGUUCGCAUGGUCAAGGAGAAGAGAAUCGAACCAAUUCUUGUCGAUGCUGUAUGUGCACUAGCCGCCCGGUUUUCCGACUCGGCACAACUCGGACACAGCAAGGCAGAGGAAGCAUCGCAUGCGGAGAAAGGCCAGCAUUACGCCCAUAGAGCUAAAGCUGCUACUGUCGAUACGUUUCCCUGCCCAUCUGUGGGUGCUGUUCAGGCGCUUCUGAUGAUGGCAUACGAGGGCUUCGGUGCAGACCAGGACAGUGCCCUAUGGAUGUAUCUGGGUCUUGCUAUCCGCAUGGCCGUAGACCUUGGCUUGCAAAAGAUGGUGGGCGUGAGAUAUCAAGGUGAAAGAGACCCUCGGUUUACCCGUCACGGCGGCCAAGCAAGCAGUGAGGCCGGGGCAGACGAAGAGCCACAAGAAGACAAAAACAAUCUUACCCGCGAGGAGCAGCUCGAGGUGGAACAGGAGCGUACCGAUACGUUCUGGGCUGUCUUCAUACUCGAUAGGGUCAUUUCGUCUGGCACAGGCAGACCCGUGACCAUACGUGACGAUGACUUUGAGUUGGCGCUACCGGAGCCAACGCUCGACCCGACGUCGGGAUGGCCCGCCCCUUUCCCCGUCUUCAUUCAGAUCAUUCAUCUGUACGGCCGCGUUUCUGAUGUUUUGAAUAAUAUCCGUAAUGCCAAGGACAUCACGCAGGAAAAGUGGACGAGACUGGCCCGGAUGGAGCACGAGUUAACAAGGUUGUACCAAAAGCAGGAUCCCCGGCUUCAUUUCAGCGUCUCCAACUUCAAGACGUACUUGAAGUUGGGCCAGGGAACGAACUUCAUCCUCCUGCACUUUUGGUUCCAUGCGCUCAUCAUUAUCCUCCACCAACCCACCCUCUUGACUCCCUUUGGCUCGUUGAGCCGCACACACCAACUGCUACCCAACAGUCGUGAGCUGUCCAUGUCCAGUGCCAAAACCAUCGCUGACAUUCUUGCGUUCGCCGAACUCAUCGACCCAAAAAGCUUCAUCAGUAACCCGUUCACGUCCCAGCCUAUCUAUAUAGCCGCUUGCGCCUUCCUCAUGGAAUCGAUCGCAAACGCCUCCAAUCCUACAUCGCGAGAAACUUCUCCCCCGGCCGAGCUUAAGACGGGAAGUCAGAAGCAGAAGGCGUCCUCCCAUGACCACAGAGCAUCAUCUACAAAGCACUCUCUCUUGGCCUCGGCCGCCAAUCAGAAUUAUUCGCGCUGUUACAAGUCUCUGCAACAGUUACACAAGUACUGGGGCGGCGUCAAGUACAUUCUCACGGCGCUUGACCAGAAGUCCGAGGGUAUAUGGGACUGCGAGACUUAUACCAGCGAGGAGUACGAAAGCACCAGGCUGCCCCGUCGCGGCUCCAUCGGCAGCCAGUUUCCACAUCCUACAUCGCCCAACAUGCCACCUAUCGCUUGGUCUCUAACGGGCACGACAAACUCGCCCAACUCAAGCCUUACGCUCAUGUAUCAGAACAUGCAUGCUGCGGCAUCUGGCCAUCACAGCUUUACACAGCCGCAGACGUCCAACGCCCCCACUUCCGCGCCUACGCCUCCCGGCAACAUGAUUUACGACCCGAUCCGACAGAGUCUUCCGGAGGCGGCGCCUCACUCCAUCUUUGCCACUGCCUAUCCCCAACCGGUAACGUCUGCCAUGCGACACUCAUCCCGGCAGCACUCAUCCCAGCGGGUGUCGGCAUCUUCUAUGGAUAGCCCGCAUGGACAAGGGAGAGGACAAAUGCGGUUUAAUGGCAUCCACGAAGAGGAGGCGUCUUCUCCCAUGGGCCAUGGCGGCUCGAUGGUUGCCGGGUCCUCUGGUCCUCAGCAAACCCCUUCAUUCACACCGUCAUCGCAUAACUCGACAAAUUACGAUCAUCAUAUGAUGCCAUCCGUCUCCCCGUCUAGCAAUAUGCAUGAUGCGACAUCGCAGCAUCACCACAAUGGACAGCAUAUUGCGUUCGAUCCAACAUAUGCGAAUGCCACCUACUCGUAUCUCGGCCACGGCAUGGGUCCUAUCACAGAUGUCAUCACUUUCGAAAACCCGAUUGACAUAGGCGCGUUGGGUUUGCCCCAUGAGAUGAUGCCGCCGUGGUUAGAGUACCUGCCCGGCGACGUUCUAGGCCUCUUUGAGAAUAACGACAUGGACCCAGGGUCUUAG